AUGACUGCCAGCAUCAACUGUGGUGCUUGCGCUGGUGUCGACCUCACGGGCUCGGAUUCGUGGAUAGGCGCCUGGAAGACAGGCGGAGCCCUUGGCGCUGCGGAUGUUAGGGCCAACAUUGGUAUGCACGACGGUACGGACCAGUUCUCUAUCGACCUUGCAAAAGCUACGAUUGAUUCAGGAAACAACACUCUCGGCACGAAUUCUAGUGCUACACCAGCGUCUGGUUCAGGCGACAGUGCAGUGUAUGGUGGUGGCAGAAGUAAAAACAUUCUCGUCUACUCGCACGCCAUCCUCAUGUUGAUGGUAUUCAUCAUCGGGUAUCCACUUGGAGGGCUCUUGAUGCCUUUGAUGGGCAGAUGGAUACUUCAUGCAGGCUGGCAAGUCACCAUGUUCUUAGCCAUGUGCGCUGGAUUCGCCGUGGGCAAGAUUGCCAGUGAUCGGUUUGGGAUGUGGUUCAAUGAGCCCCAUGUCCAGCUUGGAACAAUUGUCUGUGCAAUGAUGCUCGUCCAAGUGGCACUAGGCUGGAUGCACCACCGAAACUAUGUCAAGUACCAGCGGCGGAGCUGGGUCAGCUACUGUCACAUUUGGUACGGCCGAGCGCUGAUCAUUGUUGGUAUUAUCAACGGCGGCAUUGGAUUUAGAGUCAGUCGUGCACCAAUGGCACAGAUAGUUGCGUAUUCGGUUGUUGCUGCCGUCGUGUUUGCUCUAUACGGCGCAGUAGCGACUUACAGACUCGUCAAGCCGCGCGAAAACCAGAUGGUGCUCAGUUCCAGCUCCUCCGUCUGUCUGAAUGAAAGGCCGACGUGGAAUUAA